AUGGCUGUCACUUGGUCACUGUCAUUUGUACCGUAACCACGUAUCGGGCCACGCCAAACGAGGACCUCUCGUUCAACCAUCAUGAGCCAUCUGUUGCUUAUCGUCGCCAUCCCUGUGCUGGCCACCGCGUACGCCGCUUUCGUUCAACACCCUCGACAAACGUCUCUGCUGUAUCCAGUGCAUAGCAAACGGAUCCGGCCUCAAGAGAAAAUCAUCACAGACUGCAUGACCGUGUGGUCCGAAGAGGGACAUCUGUACUACAAGUCCACUACCAACGACCCGGUGGUGUGCGGCAUUUACAUAAUAGCUAAGCCCGAACAAACCGUGCACGUGUACUUUGAUUACGUGGACGUGCCGUGCAACUCGGGAGGACUCAUAGCGUUUGUGGACGGAUGGGAAUUGAAUGGACAGCUCUUCCCCAACGAGAACGACCAUCCAAAGGCGACCGAAGACCGUUUCUACGAGAUAUGCGGUUCGAAGAGACCAAAACAGGUAUUGAAAUCUUCGCAAAACGCCGCUCUUAUUCAAUACCGAGUGCCACGCAGAGGCAAUGGAUUCAGUUUCUAUGUGUCGUUCAUUAACAACCCGACCCCUUGUAACAUUCUUAUACAAGGCAUGAACGAGGUGUACACGCUCAGGAAUUAUGGAAAACAAGUCAACUGCAGUCUUACCACUUUAUAUCCGGCCGAAGUGAAGAUCCUUUCGUUGGGCGUCGGCCUCGGACACGGUCAAAAGCGGAACUAUGAACUCGAAACCGGAACCAUUCAUAAGUGCGAAAACCGCGGAUUGCCUGAUUUCGUUCAAGUGGGCGGCGGCGACGGUUUAGGGCAAUUGUCGGUGGUCGAUUCGAUUUGUGGAACUCAUUCGGCGCCAGAAAACAUGGUGGAAACCAUAAUGUGCGGUGUGACUACCGUGAGGAUGGUGUCGAGCGGUCAAUUCCAUAACGCUGUUACAGUAGCCGUCAAGCCACCCGAAAUAGAAGCUACACCGACGUUGGUCUGCCAACACUAAUAGAAACAACGGUCUUCGCUUAAACAAGAAAAAAAGAAAAGAAAAAAAAAAGUCUUUCCCCAUCCAAAGAACAAAAAAAACCACAUGAAUCCUAUUUUACCCUUAUAUUUGUUUUUGUUUAUUAUUA